AACAGUUCUGGUGGCUGGAGCCUGUAGGGAGAGACGCGGGCUUUCUCACUAAUCAACCUUGUGGAAGACAAGCCUACAGAUUCUUCAGGUUCGGGAUCAACUACCAAGGAGCUGCUAUGAAAUCAGCAGUGCUUCUGCUGCUGUGCCUCGCCUUAGCCCAGGGGAUUAAGAGGGUGCCUCUGAAGAGACAGAGGUCGAUGAGGCAAGUGAUGCGGGCGAGGGGGGGCCUGUCUGAGUUUUGGAAGAAGUAUCAGCUGGAUAUGACCCAGCACAGUGAAGCCUGCCAUGCUGCCACCAAGGCAGAAGAGCCACUCAUCAACUACAUGGACGCUCAAUAUUAUGGAGAGAUCUUCAUAGGGACCCCUCCUCAGAACUUCACUGUGAUCUUUGACACUGGCUCAUCCAACCUUUGGGUCCCCUCUGGUCUGUGUUCCAGCCAAGCCUGUGAAGCCCAUGACAGAUAUCAUUCUUCUGACUCUCUGACUUACCAAGUCGAUGGACGCCAAUUCUCCAUUCAAUAUGGCACAGGGAGCCUGACUGGAAUCCUAGGGAUUGACGUGGUGACUGUGGAGGGGAUCGCUGUGUCUAAUCAACUGUUUGGAGAGAGUGUGACGGAGCCGGGCAGCACUUUCGUCGAUGCCAACUUUGAUGGGAUCUUGGGACUGGGGUAUCCGACCAUUGCGGCAGGUGGGGCGACACCGGUGUUCGACAACAUGAUGGCACAAAACCUGGUGGAGAUGCCCAUCUUUAGUGUUUACCUGAACAGGAACCCGGAUUACUCCAGUGGUGGGGAGAUCAUCUUUGGGGGGUUUGACCCCUCACACUUCUCCGGGGAACUGCACUGGGUUCCCGUCACAAAGCAAGGCUACUGGCAGAUCCUGGUGGACAAUAUCAAAGUGAAUGGUGAGGUGAUGUUCUGCAGUGGUGGCUGUCAGGCGAUUGUAGACACGGGUACCUCCUCGCUGACGGGACCCACUGCAGACAUCACAGCCCUGCAGCAGGUCCUGGGAGCCUCGCCCCUGGAUGAGGGGACGUAUGCUGUGGAGUGUGGAAGCAUCAACGCACUGCCUGACCUGACUUUCACAAUCAACGGUGCUGAGUUCACUCUCAACCCAGCUGGCUACAUUGUGAUGGAGUUGUUUGGGGGGCUCUGCACCACUGGAUUCCAGGGUAUGGACAUCCACCCUCCAGCUGGUCCCCUCUGGAUUCUGGGGGACGUCUUCAUUGGCCAGUUCUACUCCAUAUUCGACCGGGGCAACAACCGUGUCGGCCUGGCCAAAGCCGUGCCCUGACCCCGGGUUGACAUCUGGAGAGGAAGAGUGGAGAGUGAUGGCGACACUCCCGGAAGUCAACAGCGGCUUAAAAUGAGUUAGACGACCGCACUGCUUGUAUACAGAAUUAUCCAAUUUCCAGGUGGUGAUUUCUUGUGUGUAGUGAUAGUUUGUAUCAUUUUAUUUUAAAGUAUGUACAGCCACAUUCCACAGCAGGAGUGAACACCAUAGAAAUACAAUCAUUGUGAGGAUUAAAAAGUAUUUUGACAAUUCAAUAACGGAUGGAGGAAAAAAAUUAAAAUUUUUUGCCUGCUUUUCUUAAACUAAAAUGAUAGUAUGCAAUACAGAAUGGGUUGAAAAGGUUGGUUUCUGUGUUCAGACUGAAAAAGGGGAAGCACACUUCAGCCAGUUACCACAGAACAAACACCAGCUCUUAGGAGCGCCCAGCAGAGAGGAUGUGCAAGAGAAUGAAAAUCAUCCUCCCCUUUGAGGUGUAAUUGAUUACCUUCACAUACAUCUGAGGAUGACCUGUCAUAUGUACAACCACCAGGUAAAAGAAUCAAUGUUAUUACCAUGACCUCACAUUAGAUCAUUUAAAGUUUUGUCUGAAAGUCCUGGAGGAAAUUAGAGCAGAUUUAAAAUGAAUGUUUAAGACUUCAUGAUUGGAGGAAAAAAUGGUGUUGUUAUUAAUAACUUGAGUUAAAUGAGCUCUCUUGCAGCCGGAAUGAAAGGACACUCAGGUAACCUGCUUCUCAGACUGGCUCUGCACUGCACUGUCUAUCUGGUGCUGUCUUGUGAUUUUUUCUCAUGCUUGGUUUGUUCUGCAGUUGUUUCCCUUUAGUAAAUUGCCCAGCACACUUCUAACCCACAGCGUUGAGUCACAGAGCUGGUAUCCAGGAUACAGAAACAAAAACAACUGUCUACCAGGCACAUGCUUGGAAACAGGGGCAUGGGACAACAAGAGGAAAAAUUAGCAAAAAACACAUUGAGAAAAAUGUCUUUAGGUUUUUAGUUUGAACACACUGCAGUGGGGUUGGAAUACACCGGGGAAGAGCUGUGGUGUUUGAAGCUCAUUUCUAUUUUGUUAAUAAAUAAUAAUACAUCUUUAAUCAAACUCACAACCAAUACAUUCAGAAGUUUCUGCCUCAAAGCUAGCUUUUCAGUUGGCAUUCUUGAUAGACAGGAUGAUUUAAACUGAAAUGCCAAAGGAGGACGGGAGUUACACUGCCCCCUACAGACCAGAGAUUAACAAUACUUUGCAGCGUUUUCAAAAUUCCUUUCCUAGUUAAACUGCGCAGUCCUGUUGACAAACCUCAGAUGACUGAUCCAGCAAACCCACAAUCCCUCCCACCGAGCCCAGUUUAACCAGUACCCAUGAGGUGGUGGUGUUUGGGAUACUUUCAUUCUUCUAUGCGUGCUGCUCAACUCAUCUAAUCUGAGUGAAAAGCAGUGCAGCUUUGACACAGCUAGAUCGAGCAAAAAUUUAUUCUUAGAAGUGUUGAUCUUGUAUAACCACACACUCUUCUUCCUCCAGUUAACCCUGACAAUGGCUCAUAGUGGUUGAAUGUGGUUCAGAGCUGGUUUACACUUUCUCAUAGUGCUUCAAGAGCUGUUGGAGUAACCUGAGAGGGACCCUUUCUUUUAUAUCUACAUUUUGGUUUGAUUUUGCUGUGCCCAGGGUCUGCGUUAUGUAUAACACAUCACAUUCAGUUUGAGGACUGUUUUUGCCUUUGUUCAUUGUUUUGAGUGAACAGACUCCUCCUGCUCCUAUCUGCACUCUUUCAAAGUUAUUGAAUAAAGAACAGAAGCA